AUGGCAGACAGCAAGAUGGCAGACGGCAAGACACUGGCCACUCAGGUCGCGCCUGUCCAGAAUGCGUCGAAACCAAAACAGGUGCAUUACCCGUUUUGGUUUGGAGGGUCGGCCUCUUGCUUUGCUGCGGGCGUGACGCACCCCUUGGAUCUAGUAAAGGUUCGCUUGCAGACACGCGCGCCUGAUGGACCGAGGACAAUGGUCGGGACUUUCGCACAUAUCGUGAAGAACACCGGCUUCACGGGUUUAUAUAGCGGUCUGUCCGCCGCAAUGCUACGACAAAUUACAUACUCCACAACACGUUUCGGCAUCUACGAAGAGUUAAAAUCACACUUCGCGAAACCCACACCGGACUCGCCAACCGGCUCACCAAGCCUUCUCACCUUGAUCGGCAUGGCCUCCGCCUCAGGCUUCAUUGGCGGCAUCGCAGGUAACCCAGCCGAUGUGAUGAACGUUCGCAUGCAGUCAGACGCUGCGCUUCCCCCGGCCCAGCGCCGCAACUACCGCCACGCAUUCCACGGAUUGGUGCAGAUGACCAAGACCGAGGGAUUCGGUUCUCUCUUCCGUGGCGUGUGGCCCAACUCCACCCGUGCCAUUCUCAUGACUGCCUCGCAGCUUGCUUCUUACGACACCUUCAAGCGCAUGUGUAUUGAGCAAGGCGGCAUGGCCGAUAACCUUGGCACACACUUCACGGCCUCUUUCAUGGCUGGUUUCGUUGCCACGACAGUGUGCAGCCCUGUCGACGUGAUCAAGACUCGUAUUAUGAGCGCUUCUCCUGCCGAGAGUCAGGGCCACAGUAUCGUGGGUCUUCUGCGUGACAUCUGUCGCAAGGAGGGCCUCGGCUGGACUUUCCGUGGCUGGGUUCCCAGCUUCAUUCGCUUGGGUCCCCAUACCAUUGCCACCUUCUUGUUCCUUGAGGAGCACAAGAAGCUCUACCGCAAGUUGAAGGGAAUUUAG